CUGCUGGGCCGGCUGAGCUGCUUAGUAACCUCCGCGACACAGGGGGCGCUGUAGCAGCGCUGGGCCAGGCUCCGCUAAAUCCCCAACAACCCAGCCAAAGGGCCCCGCUCCGCGCCUGUCAGCCAUGGCUGCUGCUUUCGCAUUUCGCUCCCUGUACCGAGCGCGACCAGGGCUGCGCUGCCCGCCUGUUGAGCUGCCGUGGGCUCCACGGCGUGGGCACCGGCUAUGGCCUGCGGAUGAUGAGUUGUAUCAGCGGACGCACAUCUCUCUGCUGCAACGCGAGUCCCCUCACACCAUGUACAUCGACAGCUACAACAGCCGCGGCUUCACGGUCAACGGAAACCGUGUGCUCGGGCCCUGCGCUCUGCUCCCGCACUCGGUGGUGCAGUGGAAUGUGGGAUCUCACCAGGACAUCACUGAAGAGAGCUUCUCACUCUUCUGGAUGCUAGAGCCCCGGAUAGAGAUUGUUGUGGUGGGCACUGGAGACCGGACUGAGCGGCUGCAAUCCCAGGUGCUGCAAGCCAUGAGGCAGCGGGGUAUCGCUGUGGAAGUCCAGGACACGCCCAAUGCCUGUGCCACCUUCAACUUCCUGUGUCAUGAAGGCCGAGUGACAGGAGCUGCUCUCAUCCCCCCACCUGGAGAGACUUCACUCACAUCUCUAGGCCAAGCUGCAGAAUGAACCACUAGGAACUGACCUGCUGUCCAGGAGAGCCCUGACACUUUGCAGUUUGCAGGGUUUCCCAACGCUUUUACUGUCGUCUCCCCUUUGGCAUUUAAACACUUGUCUUGCUUGCCAGCAUAUUAAUAAUUUAUACACUUCUCUCA